GUUUGGUACUGUACAUAGCUCAGUUAUGUUUUCGAGACUUAGAACUGGCACCCAUGUACUGACCCAUCUGUGUGUAGAAAAGGUAGUUCAUGCCUAUUGAUUAUAUUUAUUUAUAUAUUAUAUGUACAUUCCUUUUUUUUCUGGAAAGUGUUUGAUUAAUUUAAACGCAAAUUGAUAACUGUUUCAGCUUCAACCAAUAAAACGUAAUACUGUAACUGUUCCCGAAAUCCAGUAGAUGGCGCUCAAGGAUAAUGUUUGAAAAAAUAUAUCUGAGAUUGGACUGCACAAUAUAGCCUACAGGUCUAUCCCUGACGUAUUAGUUGUAUACAAAUACUCAGACUCAUGUCAAAUGUCAUGCAAUUUUAAAUUAAACUGAAACAACAAAUGUGCCCGCUAAGGAAGUACUAGGAAAAAAAAAAGUUAUAGGCUACUUCUGUCAUCCACUGUAGACUGCUUGCCAUUAAUUAGCACUCCGAGAACUAAUUAUUUGCUUGGUAUUAAUCUGCCUAUAUGUCUAGCGCUCUGUAGUGCUUUUGCCAUAUCCCUGUCUGUGUGUUACAGUGCGGUGGUUUGGUGACAGUAAUGGCCUUUAUGCUCUACAGAUGAGCCGAGUUUAAAGGCUCGUGUAAUGCAUGUUAAUGUUGGCGCCCAGUGACCCAGUCGGUGCAGCUCGAGAGCGCCUGGAUUAUUUUUUUCCCACUAAACAUUUGUAUUCUUGGGUUGGAGUAACGCGGCUGAUCCCGGAUAGCUUCGCGCUAAUCCUCCACUCCGUUAAUUAAAAACGAAGAAGUCGAGAGUAGUGGAACUCAUUGUAAUUUUUUUUUAGGAAUGUAAUCAUUUCGGUUGGAGCUUAACCAUCUGCUUGAGGUUAAGUCUGGCGACAGAUUGUGUUCAGGGUUGUCGAAAUCUACGCGGUUGAUUUUUACUCUUCUGCAGGUGCGAUGGAAGGAUUCAGUGAGUUCAUUUAUCAUCAUCUACCGCCUCCCGUGCUUUUAUAAUUAACUAAAUUUGAAGAGAUAUUCUCCAAAGCGUGCGCGCGCGUGCGUGCACACGGUGGUGUACGUGUGCGCGCUCGAAAAAGAGAGACAGAGAGAGAGAAAGAGACACUAGCGUGCUGACAAGACCGUGCCCUCAAAUGAGUUUUUUUUUUUUUUUGGUAACAAGGGCUUAGGAAGAUUAUCACUCAAAUUUAGAAUUGCACACUAUCAAAGAUUUCAGAUAUUCAGGGACGCAUGACUUAAUUCUGUCUCAUCAAAACAAUAACCGUAUAACCGUCUUAAUUCAUAAUCUCAUAAAUCACCGUUCUCUCUGUAAUCUCAUGGGAAGGAUUACUGGCAAAAUACAUAAAUACAUAAACACCGCUAUAAAACAGUUUAUGUUUAUGUAUUCUUGUAUUUUGUCAAUCCUCAGCACUGAAUUUUAGGGUGUUUGCUCGGAUUAUAAAGUCAAGGUCUCCGAAGGGGAGACAAAAAAACAGAACACCCCAUUACUUCCAGAUCUUGUCAGGUUGAUUAAAGUACGUUUUUCAGCGCGGCGGUGAGCGGGUUAAUGGUGUAUAUACAGUAAUUAUGUUCAGCACUCUAAGGUCGCCGUCGGCCAAUAAAGAUGCCUUACGACGCCCCCCUCCCCCCUUCUCCAUUCUUCCAGACCCUCUUCUCACCCAUUCCUCAAAAACCUCCAAUACGCUGUAAAAUCAAAGUGCGAGCCUCCCCCUGCUCACACACAACGCACCCACCCACCCACACACACACACACGCGCGCGCGCGGGGAGCACAGCGCUGAGAGACACCUCGCGCCUCUCUGAAGGAUCUUGCCAUUUUUUUCUGAAAUUAUUUAUUCAGAGGUUCCACGUAGACAUGAUGCCAUAAUGCCAACUAUUAAACAUCUUAUUUAUUUUUAAACUAUUUUUCACUUUUCACAACUUAUGCGUCUGGCCACCUAGGAUUUUGGGCAUAAACGAGAUGGAUCAAGGGCUCGAGAGGAGGCAAUGGACAUCAGCGUGGUCAGCUUUUCGCCUGCUUAUGUGUAUGUGCGCGCUGGACCGGGUGCUCGCCCAGAUUCGCUACUCUGUUCUCGAGGAGCGCGAGCACGGCGCAUUUGUCGGUAACAUUGCGGAGGACUUAGGCUUGGAUGUCGCCAGGUUAUCCGCCAGGCGAUUCCGCAUAGUGUCCGGAGCUAGGAAACAGUAUUUAGAGGUCAAUUUGGAAAACGGGAUUUUGUUUGUGAACGAGAAAAUCGACCGAGAGGAGUUAUGCGAACAGAGUCCGGUUUGUUUCUUGCACUUGCAGGUGGUCAUUGAAAACCCACUGGAACUGUACCGAAUGGAAGUUGAGAUCAUAGACGUUAACGACAACGCUCCAAGCUUUCCGUGGAGCGAGUUCAAUCUAGAGAUAACCGAGUCUGCCGCGCCGGGCUCACGGUUCCCGCUCGAGAGCGCGCAAGAUCUAGACGCGGGAUCCAACUCGCUCCGCUCCUACCUGCUGAGUGCUAACCAACACUUUGUGCUGGACGUGCAGACACGCAACGACGGGAGCAAGUUCGCAGAACUCGUGCUGGAGUCUCCCUUAGACCGGGAGAAGCAGAAAAUGCACGAAAUGGUCCUAACCGCUGUGGACGGCGGCUCUCCUCUGCGCUCGGGCACUGCUCAGAUCAUGGUUACAGUACUGGAUGCGAACGAUAAUGUCCCUGUAUUCGACAGAUCCGUUUACCGGGUGAGCCUGGUGGAGAACGCACCGAGAGGAACGCUUGUGCUCAAGCUCAACGCCACGGAUCUGGACGAAGGCUCUAACGGCGAGAUCGUCUAUUCAUUCAGCGGCCAUGCGCCCUUGAAAGUGCGCGAGCUGUUCAGUGUAGAUUCUUUUUCGGGCGAAAUUCGGGUGAAAGGGAUUGUAGACUACGAAAAAGCCAGCGUCUACGAGCUCUAUGUGCAGGCUAAAGACAAGGGUCCCUCUGCUGUGGCCGUGCACUGUAAAGUGCUUGUCGAUAUACUGGACGUGAACGACAACGCGCCAGAGGUCAUCCUGACCUCUGUCUCCACACCUGUUCAGGAAGACGCGCCUCCGGGGACCGUGAUAGCUGUGAUCAGUGUCAUGGAUCGUGACUCCGGGGAAAACGGAGCAGUGGACUGUCAGAUCCCCAGCCACGUCCCCUUUAGGCUUCACUCGUCCUUUAAAAACUACUACACUCUGGCGACUAGCGAAUUUCUGGACAGAGAGUCGGUAGCCGAAUACAACAUCACUCUCACGGCGCGCGAUUUAGGCUCACCACCGCUCUCCACCGGGAAAACUAUUCAUGUUCUUGUGUCGGAUGUUAAUGACAAUCCUCCGCGCUUCCUUCAGCCGUCCUACACCGUCUAUGUGACCGAGAAUAACGCACCGGGCGCUUCCAUUUGUUCUGUGAGCGCAGUUGAUCCGGACUCUAACCAGAACGCUUAUCUAUCCUACUCUAUUCUGGAGGGUCAGAUAAGGGGCAUGCCUGUGUCCACGUAUGUUUCUAUUAACUCGGACAAUGGCAACAUUUACGCUCUUCGCUCCUUCGACUACGAGCAGCUCCGCAACUUUCAGAUCCGAGUUCAGGCGCGGGACGCCGGUUUCCCGCCGCUGAGCGGAAACGUGACUGUCAGCGUGUUUGUGUUGGACCAGAACGACAACGCACCACUAGUCGUUUCCCCGCUGCCGAAGAACGGCACGGCGGCUACUGAGACGGUGCCGAGGUCGGCGGACGCAGGCUACCUCGUAGCAAAAAUUACAGCACUGGACGCGGACGCCGGACAAAACUCUCGCCUCUCGUACCAAGUGCUGCACGCCACUGACCCGGGGCUUUUCAGCAUCGCGCUUUACACGGGUGAAAUUCGGACCAUCCGCCGCUUUGUAGACAAAGACGCCACAAGGCACAGACUCGUUAUACUGGUCAAGGACAAUGGGCAACCCUCUCUAUCGGCCACCGUAUCCCUCAUUCUGACGCUAGUGGACGGCGUGCCGGAGUCGCUGUCAGACCUGGAUGACCAUGCUCUCAGCCGCCGAGCGCCUUCUAACCUCGCCCUCUAUCUGAUCGUCUCGCUGAGUGUGGUAUCGCUCAUCUUCCUAGUAGCCAUCAUCGUACUGGCGGCACUGAAGUGCUACAAAGACCGGGACUGUCCUGGAGGUUUCGGUCUGUCCUCUAUUGGUGCUGCGUGCUGCACUCUCGAAUCCGAGCCGCCCGCCGAAGCAUGCAAAAAGUCCAACUUGAAUCUGCAGAUUUCAACCGGGACGAAGGUGCCCACGAACUGUGUGGAGAGCAGUACCGGAACCACGGCUCAGAACUACUGCUACAAGGUGUGCCUAACACCCGAAUCAGCCAAGAGUGACUUCAUGUUCAUGAAGUCGUACAGUCCGAGCACGCCGAGAAAUAACGCGGCUAAAGAGGCUGAAAAUCUGGCGUGGAGCUCACAGAGCCGCGGCCCUUCAGCGAAUAACGGAGCGACAACUCCUAACGAGUUAAAACAAGACAAUACUAACUGGGCUCUUACUAAGAACCAAACUUCAACUUUGAAAAGUUAUAACUCAAUUAAUAUGGAUGGCACCCUCAUGAGGAAGGUCAUGCAGACUGAUUCUGAAAACUAUGUAAGUCCAGUGGCUGCAGGACAGUACUGGACGUGGGGAACACGAAUGAGAGAGUGCAAGAUGUCUUCCCCUGUGACGGGCCUCCCUGAGCGGGCAUGGACACCCCGCUACACCCCAACAAAAACUCCCCAACAGCAGCAGCCUUCAGGUCAGUCACAUGGUCAUCCUCCACCUGACUACCAACAUAAUGUCUACAUCCCUGGGACUCCAUCUGCCCUCUGUACUCUCCGGCCCAGUAAUCGCAGUGAGCUGGAUGUCCACAACACUUUCUCCACCUUUGGCAAGAAGCGCAAGUUCAUCUCUCCCAGCAGUUAUGACCUAAGGGAUGAAACAGGUACUGAGGUCAUCAAUAAUGACCUGUAUAAUGAAUAGUGAAGAAGAUUGGAGAGAGACUGCAACAGCAUGCCAGAUGGACAGAACAUGUGGAGGGGAAGCAAAUGUGGUGAAAGGAAAAAGCAGUGAAGCAGAGAAGAACCUAGAAGACCAGACAUAUUAAUUGCAACCAAAGCAGAGCCUAUUUAUCCAAACCAUACUGCUCUAAUUUUACAGCUCCAUUAUGUUCCUGAACAGGGUGGUAUACUUCCCAUGACCCAAUGUGCCCUUAGAGACACUUUUGGUUUAUGUCUGUCAUGUUUGUAUGUUUGUGGCACAUAAAGCAUGAGCCAGAAUAAGAAAGCUUUAACCUCCAGUAGGGAUUGGAAGAACUGGCUUAGUGUCAGAGAUUAACAUCUAACAGUUAAGGCCAUCUAGAUGAACCUGAACAUAGAAUGAUAAAUUAAGGAAGGUGGGAGGUCUGGUUACCAUUUGUGCAAUGUUUCACAUAUCUUUGUCAGUUCUCCAGUUUUUUUUUUUGCAAAAACAUGAUGGUAGGUGAAUUGCCUAGUCUAAGAUUUAAAAAUGCCUCUAUAAAUAUUCCUAGGUGUAAAUGAGUGUUCCAGUAUAAAAGCUCUAGAUCUACCAUGAUCCUGACCAGAGAAAAGUGGUUACCCUGAGUAAGGAUGAAUGAGCGAAUGAAUAAAUGAAAUUAAGAAAGGAAAAUUGAAGUUAUAAUUUUUUAUUAUACAACAUGUUGAUAGUGAACAGACUAAUGAUUUGGUUUACACUGAUUACACUCUUAGGAAAAAAAACCUUAAGGAUUCUUUGUUUAUUUAUGAAAGGUUCUAUGCAGACCCUUACAACCUCAUUGUUCCAAUCGGAAAGGGCUCCAAGCAGAACUAAUGGAAGCUAAGAAACUUUGAAGAGCUCAACAAAGUAUCCUUAAUGAACUUAUGAGGGGGUCUUUUUUUCUAAGAGUGUAGUUUAUUCUUCUGUGUGAAUAAUGGGCUGAGGAAUCACUUACUACUGUUUUGUUAGGACAACUUGGUGCAUAGUUCAAAGAUAUGAAGGUCAAUGGUAACAAACAGCAACAGUGAAUCACAUUGACUCCAUGCCAUUAUUAUUAUUGUUAUUAUUAUUAUUAUUAUUAUGCUACAAUUUUUGACAAUCAUAUUAGGUAAACUGUGAGCAUUACAUAUCCUUUGGCCACAGUGUGAAUUUUCUGUCUUAGCAGAAUCAUCAGGCCAUAGCCUUUCAUUGAUUGGUUGCUCAGUUAAAGAGGUGAAUCAGUCUAACAUGGUUAUUGUUCAGUGAACAACAUGUACAAUACUAAUAUGUAUGCAAACUGUGUAACUGACUCACGGCGUCUAGCGCAGUAUAUCACUGUAUAAAUUCUGAAAAUAAAGUAUUUUUUUCUGAGUAUAAUAGACUAUGUCUAUUAUAAAUUAUAUACACUGUCAUUUGUAUUAUGUAUUUUUCUAAGAAAUAAGCUGGGUUACUGUGAGAGUUCUACUUUGACAUCUGAUAUGUGUACCAUUUUAAAAAAAACUUUCAUAUUAAUUUUCCAGUUUUAGUACAUCUUUUUUUAUAUUUAGUGAUAUGUAUUUGGAUGACAGACAUUUUGAACAGUUUUAAUGUUACAGAUGUUUUCUUGAAAUUUAUUUUCUAAUGAUGAUACUAAUUUAUUUCUAUUUGAUGAUGUAUUAAUUAUAUCAACUCUUAUCUUAUUUUUAACAGUGUGAAAGAAAUGAGAAGUGACAGUGGACAUGACAACUUAGACCUUAGACAUGAGAAGGGCUGUCAAAACCCCUGAGAUGAGAUGUCUGUUCUGGUAUCUAAUUUUAUGUUUCUAGGUGCACAGAGGGUUAAAUGGAGUAACACCAGCAGAAAAACAAGUUUAAUAGUAAAAACGAGUUUAAUAAUAAUAUUAUAUAAUAUUAUAUAAUAUAAUAAUAAUGAAGGUAGAUAAUAUUGGAAGCUCCAUGGGGGGCUAAUCACUCCUCUAAAAGAUGCAUUUUUGUAUCAGUCACAUGAUGUGAAUAGAUUGAGUGUUAAUGCAGUUAAUUUAUGCAGGAAUGCCACCAUGCUGUUCCACCAAAAAAAAAAAAAAAAAAAACAA